AAAAUGGUUGGAGUAAAGUGUAUGUGUAUGUCCAUGUCCACAAUUUUUGCAUCUUCAUCUCUACCACCUACUGACCCUAACUUAAAACCUCCAUUCCUCAAAACCCAAACAAGAGUUGAAAGGAAACUCUCAGUUGCAGAGAUAGAAAGAGCCAUUGGUGCUGGCAUUUUUAAAGAUAGAGAUACCACCAGGAGUGCAAAGGAGAAUAAAACAUUGUUUGACUCAAUUUUGUCCAAUUCCGUUGGGGAGAAUGAAGGGGAUGUUGAGAAGAAGCUAAGACAAACUGGUGAAUGGCUUAUUCAUAAAACUCAAAACGCAUCUGCCUCUACUGGAAAACAGAUUUUAGUUGUUGUCUUUCAAUGGAUUCUACCAAUGUGGAUUAUUGCAUUUCUUCUUGCUUCUGGGAUCCUCAACCUACCAUUUCUUGAUGACUUGCUUUUGUAAACAAUUAUCCCCUUACAUAUUCGACUUAUAUUACUCUCUUUCAUACUCCCUCCGUACAUUUUUAUUUUUUUAUGUUGUCACGGACAAAAUUAGGCAGAGGCCAUACAUUUUUAUUUUUCAUGUUGCCACAGACAAAAUUAGGCAGAGGAAAGGAAUGUAACGUCACAUUGCUUUGUCUGAAUAAAUUGUUAAAUAGG